CGGUAGCUGCCGUCCCUGGUCCCUUCCAUGCGGCCGUCCCCUGCUGAUUGUGGGAGUGCAGCGGCGGAUGCCGAGCGCCUGAGACCUGCAAUAUCGCCUCGGCGUUCGGUGCCAUCAGGGCCGGCGCUUGAGGACGGGUGAAGGACAGCGCCGUUAUCUGGAUUGGGUCUUGUAGGGGUUGCACGAUAAUCUACGGUACCGCAAAUCGCAGUAUUUUGUAGCGACCUUCCCGAUCGAGGGUUGGUGUAAAAAGAAUAGGAGAGGCUGCAAGAAAAAUGGCGCAAGAUAGUAUAUACUAUUACAGAUUGCCUGCUGUUAGAUUCAUCCCUCUUAUUAAUAUAAUUCUAUUUGUGGAUGGAAUAUCUACCAUCAUGCUCUGGAUUUUAGGUGGUCGCUCUCACUAUUUGGAAAACGAUGUACUUAAGUGGUGCUUCUGGAAGUCAACUUUUGAUCUUGCAGCAUUUUGCACAAUGAAAACGUGUAUUCUUAUAGUAAUUUACUUGACAAUGGAAUCUAUUGCCCUGAAACAGAUUGAUGAUCUUAACAAUUGCAAUCUUAAAAGGAAAAGGGAAUUCCUGCACCUGAUUAGUUUCACCAUCUCAGGUCUCUGGGUUGCAUAUACAAUUGCCAAAGGAAUUACAGUUCUUGUCACGCAGAGUUAUAAAGAGAUGCAUCUAACUUUCAAGAUUGUUUGUAUUUCUACCGUGGUAUUCAGCCUGGUUGAGUUCCCCUUUUGUGUUUUUUGUAACAGGUUCCUGAGAAGGUUGCAGAUAUUCCGUAUUGUGCAAAGCAUUGAAGAAGAAAGGGACCAAAAAAGUAAAGCUGAUCUUAAGCGUCUCUUCUGUUUGGCCAAAGAUGAAGUUUUGAUUUGUCUUGGUGGGAUGCUGGCACUUGUUGUCUCCUGUCUUUCACAGAUAGUGGCUCCAUUUUUCUUUGGCAAGGUCAUUGAUUCAGCAAUGGAAUCAAUGGCGGAACUUGACAGAAUGAUUCUUAUUCUCUUCGGCAUAUAUGUUGGUGGUGCUGUUUGUUCAUUUGUCCGUGCCUACUUUUUUGUUCUGGCGGGUCAUAGGCUGGUGGCCAGACUGCGGAAAAGACUUUUUGGGAGCAUUAUAAAGCAAGAAAUUGCAUUUUUCGAUGAAAACAGAACUGGUGAAUUAACUAAUCGCUUGUCAUCUGAUACUCAGAUCAUUCAGAAUACCUUAACAGUAAACCUAUCCAUGUUACUGCGAUACACUUUGCAAAUAAUUGGAUCUAUUGUUCUCAUGUUUGUUGUAAGUCCAGCUUUGACUGGAGUACUCCUCGCUUCCAUUCCAGUUGUAGCAAUUGGGGGAGUGCUUUAUGGAGAAUUUGUGAAGAGACUACGAAAACAAUUCCAGGAUGAGUUGGCAGCCGUUGGCUCAACAGCGGAAGAGACUAUUUCUAACAUACGUACAGUGAGAACUUUCUGUAGCGAAAAGAAAUCUGAAGAACUGUAUGGCAAGGGAAUAGAUAAGAGCUAUCAGAUUGGGAAAAAGCUAGCUCUGGCCGAAGGAUCCUUCAGUGGGCUGGUGCUAACUAUCUCACAGGGUGCUAUUGUGCUGGUGUUAUGGUAUGGUGCAAAGCUCGUGUAUGAUGGAAGACAUGGGAAAUCUGGAAUUUCUUUUGGGACUUUAGCAUCUUUUAUGGUCUACUCGAUGAAUGUUGCUAUGGCAUUUGGAAUGCUGGCAUCUCUUUAUGGUGAUUUCAUGCAAGCUGUUGGAGCCUCUAUUCGUAUCUUUGAGCUGCUGGACCGUAAGCCAAAAAUCCCCUGUGUGGGUGGAAGUCGCCUUGAUUCUCUGGAAGGCAGACUCGAGUUCCAGAAGGUCAGUUUCACAUAUCCUACCAGACAAGCUUUUCAGGUUUUAAAGGAAAUGACAUUUGAAAUUGAACCGGGUAACAUGGUUGCACUGGUUGGUCCAUCGGGUGGAGGAAAAUCAACAAUAGUCAACCUGAUUGAGCGAUUCUAUGACCCAGACUCUGGAAGAAUAUUACUUGGAAAAUAUGAUCUGCAAAAUUUGGAUCCUCAGUGGUUUCGGCAGAAGAUUUCAGUUGUUAGUCAGGAGCCUACAUUGUUUGCAACGUCUAUUAAGAAAAACAUCACAUAUGGAAGAGAGGCGAAUAUGGAAGAGGUGAUUGAUGCAGCCAAAAAAGCAAAUGCUCAUGAUUUCAUUAUGUCAUUUGAGAAUGGUUAUGAGACGAUGGUGGGAGAGCAUGGAAUCAGACUCUCAGGAGGCCAGAAACAGAGGAUCGCUAUCGCCAGGGCGCUUAUUAUGGAUCCCGUGUUGCUGCUACUGGAUGAGGCUACCAGCGCUCUGGAUGCAGAGAGUGAACACUUAGUACAAGAGGCCAUUGAUCGGGUUAUGCAGGAGCGAACAGUUUUGGUAAUUGCACACAGGCUUUCAACUGUAAGAAAUGCCUCCAAGGUAAUUGUUAUUGAUAAAGGAAGAAUAGUGGAAUGUGGCACUCAUAGAAAUCUGCUGGAGAAAGGAAGAAUCUACAAGAAAUUAGUUUUGCACCAACUGACUGCAGGUGCUGUACGGUUUGGACGUGGUGGUUUCCAGGAAGAUGAUGCACAGGGGGAAGAAGCCGCAAAUCCCGAGAGAGAACGUUGGAACAAUGCGGAUAUUGACGUGAGAGAACAACAAUGUGGCUAGUCUAUAAUGGAGAAGUUUGUUUCACAUUAUUUGUUCAUAAGCAAAUUAAGUUAAUAUGAUCACCAUUUUGAUGUGUAAAAUGCCUUUCAACAUUUGCAACUCAUUUUAUAGUGAAGGUGCAAGUUUACAGUUAUUUAUUACAGAUGUUUACCAUGUUGGAUAUCCAACCAAAGUGAAUUGCAAAUCGCAGUCCUAUUGAGCUGAUGCUCUUUCAGUCCCUGGGCUUAGGUCCAACUCCUACUCUGCAGCAGAAAAGUACAGAACAGGAAACUUGUGGAAUUCAGAUUCACAUCAACUUGUCUAAUGUCAGACGCUCAGUCUUGUUUUUUUGUGCGUUAUGUAUCAGCGAAAGUUUGAAGUGUUAGCAAUGAGAAAAUAACCUAAACCAGGAUCACAGCAUUUGUUACCAUUAGUUUUAUGAUUCAUGGUAUAUAUAGUCAGAGUACAGCACAUAGCAGUUUGCUGCUGCUGCAUGGGUUCCACAGAAUUUGUAAGCACUUAUAAUAAAUGGCUAAUAAUUGCAUCUUGUAAAAGGAGACUAACAUUUUGUAUAUUUCAAGACUAUGAAUAUUGCACUUGAAACCUACUUUAUUUUUAUGCCCUCUUCCACUAUUUCUCCAACCUCCUCCUCUGAUCCCCAACUAGGGCACCAAUUCUCUCAUACUAAACUAACAAUACAGAAAAUAUUAUGUCUAAUGUUAUCAACCUAACUGUAGACAAGGGUAUCAUAAGUAAUUAUUCACAUUUCCUGUAGAGCCCACUGAAUUGUGAGGACAGAACUGCUUCCCCAGUCCCUGUCCAUCACCAAUUUUCUUCAAAUUUGGGAUGAAUUGUAGCAAUCAAUGCAGAGCACCCAAGUCACCAAAAAAACACGACGUAAUCUAUAAUCAAACUGGUCAUCACAAAAGCCACUUGGCUGAUUUUCGGUAAAGUUUAGUUGUGCUUUUCUGUUAACUUUCUACUUUUGAUUAUUUGUAAAGAACUGGGUUGAUUAUUAUUUAGAAAAUUAUAUAAAAACAUAAGCAGCAACAGCUAUUUUUAUUUUAUUAGUCCCUUUUAAGCCUGUAGUAGAAAGAAACAGCAGAAAUAAUUUGUAAUUAACAAUUUAAUGAGCAUUUAUAUUUAUUUUCAUCAUUCCUUGGUAAUUUUGGCUCCAUGGCCACAUUGCACUCCUUUUUAUUGAAUUUUCCACUCACUGAUUAUAUGCUGGGUUUAUAACUUACUUUCCUCAAUAAGAAUUAUACAAUGAAAUUAAAUUUCUCAUCAUGACAACUAACUUAUUUUGUCUUUCUUUAUAUUUAAAUCAAGAGAAUUUUAAGGUUAUGUGGUGACUUGUGUAAGAUUAUUUGAUGUGCUCUUUGUAAUAUAAACUAACAGAAAAUUAUUCUUGCCAUUAACUGAGUUGGUCAGGUGCAAGUUUUACAGUUUAAUAUUUCAAAUUGAUAAACUAUUGACCUUUAGUGAUGAAAAACAAUAUUUGUUCAACAUCUAAUUUUUUGUAAAGUGGCUGCAGAGUUCCUUGAAUUUAUUGCAAGUUUUUUAAUUUAAUGUGAAAGAAUUUGAAUGUAGUUUAUCUCUAAAUAUUGUUGAACAUCAUACAUUAACAAUUUUAUGUAUAUUUAAGGGAAAUCAUUUGAACUUGUAAUAGGAUUUUUAAGAAACUGUGGUAAUGAAAUUGUAUCUAUUUUGAAGAAAGCUGUCUAUAAUUGUGUAAAUAUACCAGAGGCAUGUAUUUAUUGUUAACUUGCAUUUAUUCUUGACACGUAAGAUGCAAACUAUGUAACUUCUCCUCACAAAGCUUCUUUUAGAAUUGUCUUGCCUUCCUUCUGGUCCUUUUAUCUUUGAUAUUAACACAGUACAUCAAGCUCCGAAAUACUUCGUAGUCUCUGUCACUUUGCAGCUCUUAAAAGCUCCAUCUUAACUACUCUCAUAAAACUGACCAUCUUUUGUAAAAUGAAGGGAGAUAUGAAGAAGAAACAUCAUUUGUGCUGGGAAUUACAGAUGUUACUGUUUAGUAACAAAUUACAAGACCACCAAAUUUAUCCUGUCUUAACUAUUACAAUUUAUAGAGUAUUAAACUAGCAGGAUACAUCUGGAGAGAAGUUGCUUAACCUUUUGCAGUUUCUUCAUUGUUUUUCUCCCCAUUCUCCCUUCUUAGACAGUAGGUGUGAGACACAUUUAGUGUUCAGGAGGUUUGAAAUUUUGUUCAUUGAUAUAAAAUUCUAGUCCCCAACUAAGUAAAUUCCCACUAUAUAUUUAUCUGAGCCAACAGAACAAAGUAAGUAAAUUUAUAGAAUUUUCUUACCCACUAAGAAAAAACGUUCAUUUUUGCUGGCAAACAAAUCCAGUCUUGUGCAGGUCACAAUAAAUCUUUCUUUUGAUUGAGGAGUGAUACACUACUGAACUUAUUUUGUAGGCAAGAAUAAUCUUUCACACUGGCAAACUAAACCCAGUAUUUGUUAAUAUCUAUGUUCUGAAAAUUACAUCUGUGAACAUUUUUCUAUGUUGCGUUGUGCAGACUAGAAAUUGAUAUGCCCUUCCUUUGUGAAACAUUAUUAAUUAUUUGAGGGUAUAUAACAUGAGGCACAAUUUGUUGGACUGCUGAAAACAUUUCAACUACAUGAAAGAAAUCCACUUUGUGUAACUUCUGCAACAUAGUUGGUUGAAUAAUUAUAAAGCUGUGGAAAUUAUUUUAAAACUUGGUGAUUGUAUGGGUUCUUCUGUACUAAUUAAAGCCACGUCAACUGUGCAACUUUGUGCCAUCCCUGUCAACUGUUCUUUGAAGUAUUUAUAUUCAGAAACAUGUAAUAUUUAAUUUAUGUAAUGUUCUCUGGGCCAUAUUUCUUACUACUAAGAUCCAUAUAUAUCAAAGUUUAUUUUUCAGAUUUAAUAUACUGUGACAGUACUAUUAUUCAUGUAAGUGUAUUGAAUAAACUUAACUAUUCUGUUACAAAAUAAAUAUCACAGAAUAUGUUAAAAUGUGCCAACUAUAAUGAAUAUGUGCAAUAACUCAGUAGAUAAUUGUGAAGGAAUAAAGCGGUUUACCAUAUCUUAGUAUAUAGGGGUGCUACAGUAGCGUGGCAAUUAGUGUGAUGCUAAUACAGCUUGGGGUGUUGAAGUUCAAUUCCAUCGCUGCCUGUAAGGUGUUUGCAUAUUCUCCCAUGAACGCAUGGGUUUCUUUUGGGUGCUCUAGUUUCCUCCCACAGUCCAAAGACCUACUGGUUAGUAAGGUCAUUGUAAAUUGUCCUGUGAUUAGGCUAGUGUUGAAUAGGUGGAUUGCUGGGUGUUGCAGAAGGACCUGUUCCACACUGAAUCUCUAAAUAAGUAAUCUAUGCAGAAGCAUUGUAUAUUCUUGCAACCACUGCCUAUAUCUGUCAAAUAGUGCCAGCUAUUUCCUGUUACCAGAGGUGUCAACUACAAAGACACCUUUUAAUUAAUUAAGCAGCAAUGGAACACUUGGAGAAUCAGGGAAAAUAGAAAUUAAAGUUCCCUGUGUUCUCUCAGAGCAGCCAGAUGUGCUGGGACUGUCAUAAAUAAUUUUGAAACCCUUGCUACUAACUUAGUCUGAAGUCUUCCAUGUGUCUUUAUGGCAAAGUAUGAAGAGGAGCUUUCAGAUUUUAUCAGAUUAAUCAGCCUUUUGCAAAGCCAUAGUUUCCUUGAAACUGUCUCUGAAAUAGUUGAUUUCCUUUUGCUGCAGCUCAACAGAGCACUUAAUGUGGAAAGUUUUAGAUAAAUUGCUAGUUGUGAUUAUCUCUUUCACUUUGGUCAUUUUAUAAUUAUUAAUAUUGUUGAUAAAAAUUCCCUUUAUUUAGUUUAAAAAGUGAUUGUAGCAUAAGUAGUAUUUUAAGCCAGUUUCAGUAAUAGCAUAGUGGUUGGAGACGAGAAGAAUGUAUAUUAAUUAUCCUUUGAAGUCGGAGUGCUUAAUCCAGGUUUACAUUUGAGUGCUGUACUAUGCGACAAGGGAUCCUCUGUUUCACGUUCCAUCUUGUGCUAAAGCCCUACCUUCACAGGUGGACAUCAAAAAUCCCUGGUGCUAUUUGAAAGAAUAGACUGUGCAUGUUUUGUCCAGCUCUCAGUCAAUGACCAACAUCAUUUAAAGAAAUGGUAAUUUAACUCAUCCCUAUUGUGAGAUCUUGUUUUAAGCAAAUUGGGCUUGCCAUAUUUAUCCCCACUGUGAACCUUUAACACUCUUGUGUUUUCAAUUGUGGAAUACAAGAAAAAAUAAUUUCCUCAACUCUGCAGUCCCAAUGUUUGAAUACUGUCAUAUAUUCACUUGUAAUCUCUCUUUAACUUUUAGUAAUGAAAUUUCACACCCUGUUUAAGCAUGAAAUUGAUAUCUAUGGUAUGUAAACAUAACAUCUAUAAUGUUUAAAUUCAUCAAGACUGCAUAGAAACGGAAAAUGAUGAAAUGUUGCCAAUAAAGCUCAAU